AUUGGCUCAGCUUUUUACUUUAAACUGGACGGCGGAAGUUUGGAACUGAACUGAUUUUAGCACAAAUUUGUACACGGACUCAGAAAUGACGACAGAGACGGAUUUUCUGAGAGAAGAAGGCCGGAGGCUUAAGACUGCUUUCAGUCAGCAUCAGGAUGGACACCAGGCUGAACCCACAUUUUCGUUACAGGGGGAAACUGCAAGGGCAUCAGAUUCACCAGCCCUCAAAAGCAUUUUGACCCCUCUUGUAGCAGAAUAUGACAGACAUAACGAAGACAUGACUGAUCAGCUGCAGCGCUAUCAGAUUCAGAUGGCUGAGCUGAAAGUGAGGCUUGAGGACGUUGUCAGAGAAAAUGAGCGGCUGCACGCUGAGCUGAGAGAGUCCAUCGAGCGGCAGCUCCACGGGCUCCAGGCCACGCCCGGCUCGGACGGGGACUCUCUGGUGGAUGAUGGGCUCGUUAGAAACCUGCAGGAGCAGAUCCAGCUGUCCAUUCAGGAGAAGGACCGGGCCUUGGAGAUGUGGCGGUCGUCUGCAGACGAGCUGCAUCGCGUGCAGCAGGUCUAUCAGAAGACCACGUCCGAGGCUCAGCUCUAUAUGGCAGAACAGCAGCAGAUGAAGAACAAACUGACCGGCAUCCAGCAAGCUGCCCAGCAUCUCCAAGCAGCCAAUCAAACGCUGGAGUCGACCAACCAGGAGUUUCUGAAGACGGUGACGGAGCAGAGCGUGGAGAUGGAGGACCUGCGCACCCAGCUGCGGCAGGCGAAGAUGCACUCGAGGACAGCGACGGCUAAAGUGGAGGAGAUGACCAAACUGAUGCAGAGCAUGCAGGACCAGAUGCAGAGGAGGGAGGAAGACGCAGCAGAGGCGCUGGAUAGAGAGGGUGUCUCUGAGCGGAAGCUGCAUCAGCUGCACACGACCCUCAGCCAGCUGGAGAACAGGCUGAAGCUGGCGGCCCAGGAGGCGGAGCAGCUGCGGCGGGAGCGGGCGGGGUCUGAGCGGCGGGUGGGGGAGCUGCAGGGUCUGUGUGCCAGUCUGCAGGAGGAGCGCUACGAGGCCGUCAGCAAAGUGCGCCACAGCAUCCAGGCCGCCGAGGAGGCGUCUCUGCAGAAAGAGCAGGCCCUCCUGAGGGAGAAGCAGAGGAGCGAGGAGCUGGAGAAGCUGAAUGAGGCCAUCAAGCUGCUGAUCCAGGACGCCGCCGUUCGAACCCGAAAAGAGGUGGAAAACGUGAGGAAGCAGUGUAACGUGCAGAUUCAGAGGAUGGCAGAGGAGCUCUCCGCUCUGCAGCUGGAGUGUGCCGACAAGGAGUCUCAAAUACAGAGGGCGACACGCGAAAGGAAAGCUGUGGAAGAGGAGCUGGAAAAGGUGUACAGGGAAGGCAGGGGGGAGCCGGAGUACAGGAAGAUGGACUCGCUGCACCAGAGGUGCCUGAACACCGAGCGUGUUAAGGACGAGCUGCACAUCGCGCUGCAGAGCACCCAGAACAGGAUGAAGAAGCUGGAGAUGGAGUACGAGGAGGAGCUGUCGCGGUGCCGGGAGGAGGUGCGGCGGCUGCAGGAGGCGCUGGUGGGCGCGCGGGAGGAGUGCGGCAGCGUCAGCGAGGAGCGUCUGCGUCUGCAGGAGGAGAGCCAGCAGCUGCGCAGGGACAUGGAGGAGCUGCGCAAGGCCAGCCAGCACGUCCAGAGGAGGGCCAAGCAGCAGGUCUCCUCCAUGGAGCACGAGUUCUCGCUGAAGGAGCGGGGCUUGGAGGCGCGGGUACGGGAGCUGGAGGAGAGCAGCCGCAGCUCCACCGUGGAGCUCACCCGCCUCCUCACAGCCCAGCAGAAGGCCGCCAAGCGGUGGAAGGAGGAGGCGCGCAAGCUGGCCGAGGCCUUCGAGCUGAAGCUGGGCAGCCUGAGGGCGGAGCUGGGGAGGCAGAAGCAGCGGUGUCAGGAGCUGGAGCUCCAGCUGGAGGCCGAUCAUGAGAAGAUUGUGGAGUACGAGAGGCAAACGGCAGAGCAUCAGGAGAACGCCUCCCGCCUGCAGAGACGGCUGACCCAGGCCGAGCAGAAGGCUUCCACUGCAUCGCAGCAGCUCAGCAUCAUGACGUCACAGAGGAGGAAAGCGGCCUCCAUGCUGGACCUGGAGACUCUGUAACCUUGGCAACUCCGACACUGACCAUGGCCCUGUACAGUGCAGUCAUUCCUCAUUCUCACAACAAAUGUUUUUUUAAUAAAAGAAUGGCGCCUUUCCGUAAGGGCAAUUCAUCAUGAGCCAUAAAAUGUCCUUAAAGAUGGCGUCACCACAAACACA